GGCAAGGAAUUCUCAAUACAAAUAUUCACCUGCUCUCACUGCAAAGUGCAAACCACGUUUCGCCGCCGCGUCGCCGCCGUCGUCCUCCCACACUUUGCUUCACUAGGGCCAAAAUGGUCGCCGCUGCCAUGUCCGCCGCUACCUGCAACCCCGGCCGCCACCUGAAACAAACCAUUUCCGUCAGCCGGACCUCUCCAACGAACCCGUUUUUCACGAACGUCUCCUUCCCGUCGAACUCCGCUGCCGGAAAGCCAGUCUCCAUCACGUGCUCAUCCACCACUCUCCAUACUUCGUCCUCCACCUCCUCCGCCGAUGCCUCUUCAGAUCGCGUGUUCAACUUCGCCGCCGGCCCCGCCACGCUCCCCGAGAACGUCCUUCUCAAAGCCCAAUCGGAGCUCUACAACUGGAACGGCUCCGGCAUGUCCGUCAUGGAGAUGAGCCACCGCGGGAAGGAGUUCAUGUCCAUCAUCCAAAAAGCCGAAUCGGAUCUCCGAUCGCUCCUCAACAUCCCGUCGGAUUACUCUGUCCUCUUCCUCCAGGGCGGCGCCACCACCCAAUUCGCCGCCGUCCCUCUCAAUCUCUGUACCCCCGACGACGCCGUCGAUUACAUCGUCACCGGAUCCUGGGGCGACAAGGCCUUCAAAGAAGCUUCCAAGUUCUGCAACCCUAAAACCAUCUGGAGCGGCAAAUCCGACAAGUACACCAAAAUCCCCAAAUUCGAAACCCUAGAUCACACCCCCAACGCCAAGUAUCUCCACAUCUGCGCCAACGAAACAAUCCACGGCGUCGAAUUCAAGGAUUACCCCACCCCCGCCGGAGACGCCAUCCUCGUCGCCGACAUGUCGUCCAACUUCUGCUCCAAACCCGUCGACGUCACUAAAUUCGGUCUGAUCUACGCCGGCGCACAGAAAAACGUCGGCCCCUCCGGCGUCACAAUCGUGAUCGUCCGAUCCGAUCUGGUCGGCAACCCGCAGCCAACCACGCCGGUGUAUCUGGACUACAAGAUCCAUGUGGACAACAGUUCCCUGUACAACACGCCCCCAUGCUUCGGCAUUUACAUGUGCGGGUUGGUCUUCGACGACCUGCUCGCGCAGGGCGGUCUGGCGGAGGUGGAGAAGAAGAACGAGAAGAAGGCCGGGAUUCUUUACGACGCCAUUGAUGGGAGCAAAGGGUUCUACAGGUGCCCUGUGGAGAAGACCGUGAGGUCUCUGAUGAAUGUCCCUUUUACCCUGUCGAAGCCAGAACUGGAGGCAGAGUUCAUCAAGGAGGCAGCUAAGGAGAAAAUGGUGCAGCUGAAGGGACACCGAUCCGUCGGCGGAAUGAGGGCUUCGAUUUACAAUGCCAUGCCGCUGGCCGGAGUGGAGAAGCUAGUGAGUUUCAUGAAGGAUUUUCAGGCGAGGCACGAUCACUGAGAGAAGGAGGAGGAGAGAUUUUAGUAUGGUAUGCUUUCGUUUUCUAUGUGUUGUUUUGUUGCUUAAGUGAGUUUUGUUUUCUUGUAGCAUUGUUCUUGAUUUUUCCGAGAGUACUUAUUACAUGGAUGCUUGGUUUUGAUUGAGGGAGGGAUGUUUAGAAGAGUAGUAGGAGGUGAUCUGGUGGUCUUAUGCUUAGUUCAAGUUUUACGAAUAAACAAACAAUUCAUGAAUUGAAAUGUUUAUGGUUUCGCUAUGCAUCAGAGUUCUUGAAAUGGUUUGUGUUUGUGAUGCUGCUGCUGUUGAGGUUAAUAGUAGUUUUGUGUUGUUGGA